AAUUUGACAUUUUGUACUUGUAAAUUUGUUCCGGUUGUUUAUUUCUUUAACUUUGCAUAAAUCCUUUAUUUGUUUGUGUUAUUAGUGAGUAAGCAUAGAAACAAAAAAACAGCUUGUAAAAGAACAUAAUCUUAUAGAGCGCAUGGAAAUAACACUAAAUAGCUUUAUACUAUCGCAACAGCUAAUUUAAUAUUUGCAUGGCGAAAACUGAAAAAUUCAUUUUCAAUAUGAUUAUUCCGAUUUUCGGUAGCUAUUUAUGGACUGCAUUGCAGAUUGAAUGAACUACUUAGUUUUGCUCUGCAAUCGUAAACCGACAAUGUUGUCGAGACGCAGCAAAGAAAAGGCCAACGCUCAUAAGGAAGGUGUGGUUGGUAAGUAUGUAAAAAAGGAGACACCACCCGAAAUCCCGGUGAUAAAUGUAUGGACUUUCGAUGAGCAGCGUUCAAAACAUAAUAAGAAAUCACUACAGCGUUGUGCAAGUACAUCACCCAGCUGUGAGUUUACUGGACGAAGCUCUGGUAAUUCCAGUCGGAAUACAUACUCGUGCGGUAACGACUCACAGUUUAAUUCCCAACCGGAUUACUAUCAUGCCAGGCGGGCACAAUCUCAAUUACCACCUACAACAACGACUAUGCGGUCAGUGUCACAGACCCAUCAGCAACAACGUUAUGGUGCAACCGGUUUUUAUCCACCACCAAAUUCAGUAGCCUCAACCACACAGCAUCCACACUUUUAUUCAAGCAAUAAUUUGGACGUAGCAAGCAAUGGACAUAGUCACAGUGUUGCCACUAAAACUAAUAGCAAUAGUAGCAACAGUAACUACGUAAACAUUGAACAGAUCGAUCGAAUGCGACGGCAGCAAUCCUCACCUCUAUUGCAGCCACCGAAUACAGCAUACGAGAACUUUCAUCGGAGGCAUUCUGCAAACCAAAAGCAUAGCAACUCUUAUGACGGACGUAUACGCGGCUUUGCAAGCACCGACACAAAUGCAACGUCGAUUGUUGAUGGUAUAGAUUCCUAUAACAAUAUUCUACAGAUACCACGCGGUACUACGCCAACACCACAACAACUUUAUCCGAACAAUGCCAGUUAUAGUACCGGCACCGAUUCAUAUCCGAUCUACGAAAAUCCUUUCAGAGUGUCUUCAAAUACUUCGGGUAGUGUACUUAACAACAGUAGCCAUACUACAAUGAAUAAUUUUGAUAGUCGCUCCACUCCAUCAACGGCAGACGUGCGUUCUGAGUCACCCAUUUACAGUAAUACCACUUUGGCUGUAUCUAACAACAACUUGCAUUCUUCAUAUGAUCUAACAGCCGGUACAGCAGUUGCAAAUUCAGUUCAGUCACUGUACCAUACGCCGUCAAGGCAACUACACUCUCAAUCAGUCGCUAAAACAAACAGUACAACAAAUGUUUUGCAAAAGGUGCCAUCACAACAAUCUAUAGAGGAAGAGCUACCACUGCCACCCGGCUGGGCGAUGCAAUACACUCUUCAUGGGCGCAAGUAUUAUAUAGACCAUCACACGCAUACAACACAUUGGUCUCAUCCCUUGGAGCGGGAAGGGUUACCGGUAGGCUGGCGACGUGUUGUUUCGAAAAUUCACGGUACCUACUACGAAAACCAAUACACAGGGCAAUGCCAACGGCAGCAUCCCUGUCUUACCUCAUAUUAUGUAUAUACAACAUCUGCCGAACCACCGAAGGCCAUAUGCCCCGAAAUGCCAGUUCCUUAUACACCACCAGUGCACACACAUAACGCUCUAGUGCCGGCCAAUCCGUAUUUGUUGGAGGAGAUACCAAAAUGGCUGGUGGUCUAUUCGAAUGCUGAUUCAUCGAAAGACCAUAUGCUACAAUUUAAUAUGUUUAGUUUGCAAGAUUUGGAGUGCUUCGAUGGUAUGUUGGUGCGCCUGUUUAAGCAAGAACUUGGCACUAUUGUUGGAUUCUACGAACGUUAUAGACGUGCUUUGAUUUUGGAAAAAAAUCGGCGUGCCGAGCAGGAGCGCUAUUUGCAAGAGUUACAUGCGCAAGGCACACACCAAUAGCACUUGAAAAGAUGCAGCUUUUAAAUUAUUUAUUAUAUUUACCAUCUGAAUGGUGGUAGUGUAUAAUAAAGUACAUACAUACACAUAUUCAAUUCUAUUUUUCUAUUCGACAGCUAUAGGAAUAAAAAAUGAUCUUAUAAUGCUAGGCAUAACUAGACUGUUUUGUUCUGUAGAACUGCUUACUGUUUUCGUAAUAUCAAAUAUUUGUUAAAUUUAAGUGAAAUUCUUGUGUUACUGAUUUUAAUUAAUAUAUAAAAAUAUUAUUUAUUUUUUACCAAUGAUUAUGUUCUAUAAAACGUUUUUUGUGAUUUGUUCUUCUAUCAUUUUUGUUUAAGUAUACUCACAUGUUUUCUUUUUAACUUGUAUGACUUGCAAAUAAAUAAAUAUACUUACU